UAAUGCUGCUCUUUAUUCUUUUUUUCUUGGUGGACUUCGUUUUUUCACGAUUUGUUCGGGUUACUUUACACGAAGUGAAAAGUUCACCUAAAUUAUUAACGCGUGUUUCUCACCGCGUUGUUCAAGAAUUUGACACUUACGAAAAUCGAAAGUUACUUGGAAUAUCUUAUGAAAGAGUUAAAAACAAGAAAGGUCAUGUAAUUCUCUUACGCGAUUUUAUGAAUGUUCAAUAUUAUGGAAAUAUUUCUAUUGGUACUCCACCUCAGCAAUUCCUUAUGGUUUUCGAUACUGGAAGCGCGAACUUAUGGGUCCCUUCUUCAAAAUGCGGUUUUGAACAAUUGGCUUGUUACAUGCAUAAACGGUAUUAUGCGAAGAAAUCUUCCACUGCAGUUUCCAACGGCACUAAACUUGAAAUUCGUUACGGGUCCGGUUCCAUAAAAGGAUUUUUAACUCAAGACGUAGCUACCGUGGGAGAUCUCAAAGUUCAAGAUCAAGUUUUUGCUGAAGUUACUGAGGAAAAUGGAAUAAGUUUUAUUUUUUCUCGCUUUGAUGGUAUUUUGGGACUCGGCUGGGAUCCGAUAUCCAAAGAUCGUGUGAAAACUGUUCUGGAUAAUAUGUUAGCGCAAGGCUUGAUUGACGAUCAUUCUUUUUCUUUCUAUUUAAGCUCGAAUAGUUCGAAGGAAAACGGCUCGGAAAUUAUUUUUGGUGGAGUGGAUAAAAAGCAUUAUGUUGGUCGUUUUCACUAUUUUCCGUUGACGGUGGUCGGCUAUUGGCAGAUUGAUCUCAACCGUGUUAUGAUUGGUCAUGAAUCACAUGGGUUUUGUGAACGCGGCUGCUCAGCAAUUGUUGAUAGUGGAACUUCGCUAAUUGUAGGCCCCAAAUAUGUUGUUAAUAAAAUCAACAGAUUAUUGGGAGCAAGUGAGGUUUUCACGUCUCGUUGUGAAGAUCACGUGGAAAAGAGCAUCCCUUCACUAUUAAAAAAUUUAAAUAAAAGUUGGUCCGCGCAUUCCUUUUGCCAGCAAAUCAACAUGUGCCCCGAAACGGUCACGUGCAAUUCAUGCAUUUUUGCUUUCGAUGGGGUUUUGCAUAUGAUAAACUCCUCAUUGGCCGAGCCCAUAUUAAAACGUAUCUUAUUGGACUCUUGCGAUCAAUUUUCAGCCUCUCAGGGCUUCCUUGAUUGCGAUUCCAUUAAUGAACUUCCGUCUAUUUAUUUUAUGUUUGAUAAAAUAAAAUAUGAAAUGAGGCCAGAAGAUUAUAUUUUAAAAAUUCAUAUGGGAAACCAGAAAGCAUGCGUUUCAGGAUUUAUGGGAAUGGAUAUGGGCUUUUAUGACUCUUGGAUUCUGGGAGAUUUAUUUAUGAGAAAAUAUUAUACGCACUUCGACUUAGGAAAAAGAAGGGUUGGUUUUGCUUUGGCAAGAUGAAUAGGG